AUGUUCUUAUCCCUACUAACGCAACUUUUCGGCAGCGCAUCAUACAGUAUAUCACCCAGUGGACAAUAUGCUGGUUCACAAUUGUUUGAUUCCAAUAUGGGCCCAAGAAGACAUAAGCAUAUAGAAGAAUAUGAUUUCAUAAUCGUCGGUGGUGGAUCAGCAGGCUGUGUGCUUGCAAAUCGAUUGUCAGAAAUACGAAAAUGGAGAAUACUUUUACUGGAAGCCGGUCCGGAGGAGCCAGAUAUUACUAUGGUACCAAGUUUUGCUUUAGUACUCCAAAGAUCUAAUAUAGACUGGAACUACAGAAUUCAACCAGAGAAUAUGACUUGUAAAGAGGCACCAGGGCAUUCAUGCAGUUGGCCGAGAGGUAGAACAAUGGGAGGAUCUAGCGCCAUUAACUAUAUGGUAUACAUGAGGGGAAAUCAGCUCGACUACGACGAAUGGGCAGAAAUGGGCAAUCCAGGUUGGAGUUAUAAUGAGGUUCUUCCAUAUUUUAGAAAAUCUGAAAAUAAUCGAAAUAUAGAAGGGAAUGAUACUGUUUAUCAUGGAGUUGGUGGACCUCUUAAUGUAGAAAGAUAUCCGUAUACUGAUGCAAAUACACGUAUAAUAAUAGAAGCUUUUCAAGAAAGAGGACUACCAUUAAAAGACUUAACACUACCAGAUAAUUUAGGAGUCAAUUUAGUACAAUCUACUUCUUUAAAUGGUCGUCGAUUUUCAGCAAAUACAGCAUUCAUAAGACCAGUACGCAAUGUACGAUCUAACCUUGACAUUAUUGUAAAUGCCUAUGUAACAAAAGUCAUUAUUGAUCCAAUCUCUAAAAUAGCUCAAGGUGUAACUUACUUUAAAAAUGGUGUUUAUGUAAAUGUAUAUGCUAAAAGAGAAGUUAUAAUUAGUGGAGGAUCAAUAAAUUCUCCAAAAUUACUUAUGCUCUCUGGCAUAGGACCAAAACAACACUUACAAAGCAAUAAUAUACCAGUACUAGCUGAUUUGAAAGUCGGUGAAAAUUUACAAGAACAUCCAACAACGGAUGGUCUUUCUAUAGCUUUCUCUAAUAAGACCACUCCAACGUUUAAUUCUUCUCAAGUAUUGAAUGAAAUUAGUAACUAUAGAAAACAAAACAUUUUUAACGGCGGACCUUUAUCUACCACAAGUGCUGUUAAUGCCAUCGCAUUUAUUAAAACCAAAUACGCUUCUGUUAAUGCACCAGACAUUCAAUUUCAUUUUGAUGGCAGAAAUAUAGAAGAGUUCUAUGCAGAUACUCAAACAUAUAUUCAAACAAGUAUAUUUCCACUGUCAUUCAACAAUGGUGUUUCAAUUAGACCGAUUUUACUUUCACCAAAAAGUAGAGGAUAUAUACUAUUAAAUCAGACAGAUCCAGUGUUCGGACAACCUUUGAUAUAUUCUGGUUUUUUUACAGUUAAAGAGGAUUUAGAUACUCUAAUUGAAGGAGUUAGAUUUUCUGUAACUUUAGAACAAACAGAGGCAUUUAAACGUAAUGGCGCUAGUAUAGUUAAAACUCAACUUAAGGGUUGCGAAGAAUACGCUUGGGGAUCAUAUGACUACUUUGCAUGUUUAUUUACUCAUUACACGGGCAUACUUUUUCAUCCGGCUGGAACUUGUAAAAUGGGACCAUCGUGGGAUAACGAUGCUGUCGUUGAUUCAAGAUUGCGAGUGUAUGGGAUUAAACAUUUACGAGUUGUUGAUGCAUCUAUAAUGCCUAAAGUAGUAAGAGGAAACACAAACGCACCUGUUAUAAUGAUUGGUGAAAAGGCAUCGGAUAUGAUAAAAGAAGAUUGGAUGACCAACGUUUAA